CCGUUGUUGCCUUGGCAACAGUGCUUAUGAGGAAGUUUGUGGAGCUCUGUACUGAAGUAGAAUUCCGUUUGAAAUGAAACAAUUUUAGCCCUAGAAAAGAUCCUACCGUGAAAAAUAUGCGUGUGUAUUGUUUUUUCAUAUGAAGUUUGUGUGUACCGCUGUGGAAACUUUUGAAACACUCAGUUUGAAAAGUGUUUUUAGCGUCUAAACUGCGAAUUUACAAACAUAAGUUAGCUGAAUGGAGCCGGAGCGGAAUAAAAGCAACACAAUGAGGCCUCAGAAACACAACUACGACAUGACGUUUCUUUCCCCCCUGGUAAACAGCUGCAAAUUGCACCCUAUAUUUGUUCAACCAGUAAUGCCAGAGAGAGCCCAGAGGAUGACAGACUCUCAAGAUCUUGUAACAAAAACAUUGAAUGCCAACCAAACAACAAAUCAUUCCAUCCCUGUGCAAGAUAUCAUGAUAAAUGCAUGCAGCCAGAGAAGACUUGUCCAGACAUCUCAGGUGCCCUCACUUGCCUGUGAGUCAGCAGAUUCCUCUUCACAUAAUCCAGUAUGUUUGGGGGCAGAUUCAAAGGCUACACAAGAACAAAGGGACAACUCAAGGAGACCAGCCCACAAUGCAGGGGCCAGUUACUACCGUGAUGCCUUAAACCUUCCCAGACAAGCAGGUGGUUCUGGGAGAUACAAGUACAAAGCAGUCCCCAGUUUUUCCCUUACUCAGUUGCCUUGUGACUAUUUUGAAUCCAGUUUUCAAAGAAUUGACUUGGACAGGUGCUGUCUGAAGGAGUGCCCUCAGCUGGGCAGUAUGGAUGAUCUGCAGUUUCUGAACCUUCAGCACAAUCUGAUCACAACCAUCCAGCAGCUGUCCAAUCUGCAAAAGCUAGUUUUUCUUAACCUGUAUGAUAAUCACAUCUCUGACAUGAGUGGAAUUGAAACUUUGAGCUCUCUCAGGAUCUUGAUGUUGGGGAAAAACAGAAUCCAUAAGAUAUGCUGUGUGGAAAGCCUGUCCAAGCUAAACAUCCUGGAUUUGCAGGACAAUCAGAUCUCCAGGAUAGAAAACGUAUCUCAUCUGAGCGAGCUGCAAGUGUUUAACCUGUCAAGAAACAACAUCUCCAGAGUUGAAAAUGUGCAGGGCCUGAACAGUUUGACUGAACUCAACCUGCGGCACAACUGCAUCUCUGUCUUGACUGAGGUGGACCGCCUGCCCUCCUUGCAGCGCCUCUUUCUCAGCUGCAACAACAUCACCAGUUUUGAUCAGUUAGCCUGCCUCGGAGAGUCACGCACCCUUUCUGAGCUCACCCUGGAUGGGAAUCCUGUAGCCCUGGAGACAUGGUACAAGCAGGCUGUCCUGCGCUGUGUGCUUCAUCUGAGACAGCUGGACAUGAAGCGCAUCACAGACGAGGAUCGGCGCAUGGCUGGUGUACAGGCUCGAAAAGAGGAGGAGAAGAAGAAGGAGAGUCACAAGCAGACAAUUCAUAAGGAGAAGCGGCGUCUGGCCAUCCGUAAUGCAGCACAGCAGUGGGAGGGGGUCAGGGCCUGCCUGGAGCUGCCACCAACAAAUGGUGCUAAGGAAGAAGUCAGUCCAGAGAACAGCCCUGCCCACUGCCCCGCCCAGACUAAUGGCCUCGCGCAGGAGCCGUCUCCAGAAGAGCCUAGACGGGUAAGCCCAGGUUCAGGACCAGAGCGACCAUCAGGGGGAACGGAGAUCAGACUUCGCACCAACAGCCGUCCAAACAGCCCUCGAGAUCCAAAGCUUGUGGAGUCAGGUAGCGGCAGUGUGCAGAGUCUGUCCCUCUCUGACAGUCACCUGGCAGAGCUGGAUGGAGACACCCUGCGUCUCUUUGGACUCGGGGCCCUGGAGGCCCUGGAGAGGGGCUGGGGGGUUCAGACUGCUGGUGCUGUCACUGUCAUAACCUUCCGCUACAUCAACUUUGACGCCAUUGUACCAACACUGCCGAGAAUAAGGGUCAAGUUCCCCAAUCUAUCGCAUCUGAUCUUCUUGGAAACCAACAUCAACCGUCUGCCCCAGCUGGCGGCCCUGGCUCAGGUGAGGCGUGUAGACCAGCUGACCAUCCACCCAGAGGGUAACCCAGUGGUCAGUCUGGCUCUAUGGCGCUCCUUCACCAUCUACCGCCUCCACCACUUCAACCUACAGAGGAUCAACGGCCAAGAGGUGACCAUGAAUGAUGUGAUCGCUGCAGAGCGUGUGUUCGGGACGCUGGGUCAUAUAGCAGCCACUGAAACUCCUCGCUGCAGGCUCCUCGUGCUGCUAGAAGAGUCCAGGAAACGACAGCUGCAGUUCCUGUUGGAGGGGCGUGGCCGGCGUGCAGGGCUCAGUCCUGAAGAGCUGCGAGACAACGGGAAGCUCCUGGGUGAAGGCCUGAGCAGAGCGUUGUUCAACUACCCGAGCAGAGACUGCAGUGCAGAGAGCCCUGAGGAGGGCACUGUAGAGGCGUCCGAGCAUGCCGCUAUGGUAGAGCAGUACCUCCAAGAGUUGGUCCAAAGGGCAUCAGAUACCUAUCUUAAGGAGGAGGCUCUGCACAAGCUCUGGCCCUCCAUGUUUGCAGAGAUGGUGAGAGACUGUGUGUUGGAGAUGAGGGACCGAGCCGCCUUCCGCCAAGCCAGCCUUGCAAAGAUUUCCCAGACCAAGUGAAAAGGACCAAAGGUUCUCACUUAGAUCACACACACACUAACACACUAACCUUCCUGACGUCAUGUCAAACUCCAUCUCUAACAUCAAUAAGAGACUUAUCAUUGACUGUCAGUUCAUAGAAUCUUUGGAAACUGUAGGAUGUAUUUCCCAAGUGUGUGGGAAGCUCUUUCCUAGCAUGGGUGUAGACUGUUUUAAAGUCUGAAGAAAUAAACACGAUAGAAGUUGAUUGAAUGUAGAAUUUCACUGUACACACACUGUUUGAUUCGUCAGUGUCUGGACCUGUAACAUACUUGAAGAACGUCAAAGGGACUUGAUGACUCACAGUGCAUUGUGGUCCCUUCAGAGCAUCAUCUGCACUUUAAAGCCUUCUGAAUAACCCCUCUCCACCAUUACUGUCAUCAACUGAAAAUGAUCCGUGUCUCUUUUGUCGAGACUAGAAUGAUUUUUCUGUCUUCGAUCCUCUCAUCACUCUCACACAUUUUCUCCUUUGUGGCAUAAAAAGAAGGGCACAAAUGAGGACAUGGACUUUUUUGUUUACCACUGAUUUUCUGUAUGGUACUUAGUAUUAAAAGAUUCUGUAUUAACAUGCA